AUGACGAUCGCAUCGGCCAGCUCAGAUACCUUGAGGGCAGAAGCGGACAUCAAUGAGACAACCCCUUUGAAUCCAGCAGCUCUGGAUACAAAUGUCUCCAAUGUCUCGGAUUAUCAAAGUGUCUCCAAGGGACCGAUUAGUGAUGUGCAGAGUAGUCAUGAUACCGAUGAAGAACGCCCGCUAGUCAGUCCAGCGUCGACUCCAGACCCAAACAAAGUGCAGGCACUGGCUAGCGUCAAGACCAUCAUCGCUGUGCUACUCCUUGGCGAGUUCCUCUCCAACGCAGAUGCCACACUCGUCAUGGCUACCACAGGGAAAAUCUCAUCCGAGUUCGAUCGUUUGCGCAAUGCCAGCUGGCUGGCCACGGCUUUCACUCUCGGUCUUUGUGCCGCACAGCCCCUGUACGGCAAACUGAGCGAUAUCUAUGGUCGUAAGCCGCUGCUGCUAUGGGCCUAUUUUUUCUUCGGCCUCGGAUGCGUGAUUAGUGGAAUCGGCACAAGCAUGUUAGUGGUGAAUCUGGGUCGUGCUAUCAGCGGUAUUGGUGGUGCUGGGACGAUGGCAAUGGGUGUGAUCAUCAUCACAGAUAUCGUUCCUCGACGAGAUGUGGCUCAUUGGCGUGCGUACGUCAACAUUGCUAUGACUCUGGGCCGGAGCGCAGGAGGUCCUAUCGGUGGAUGGUUGGCGGAUACUGUCGGAUGGCGAUGGUCUUUCCUUCUCCAAGGUCCCCUCACUGCACUGGCUGCCUUACUCGUCGUCUGGAAGCUGAAGCUUACGACUCCGACCACAAACAAGGAUAUCCGCAGGGUCGACUUCCUCGGCACCCUUCUCAUCGCCCUUGGCGUCAUAACCACGACCCUCAUUCUCGACCAAGCUGGGAAAGCCUUUGCUUGGGCCUCUCUGACGACCGUCUUUCUUAGCGCCAUUAGCGUGGCUGCAUUUGUUGCGUUCGUCAUUGUCGAGCUUUUUGUGGCUGUGGAACCGAUCUUCGACCUACGUAUCUUGCGCCGGACCAACGUGAUCCCUAGUUACUUGAUCGGCUCUCUGCAAAUCUCAGCUCAGGUUGGUAUGAUGUUCUCGGUUCCUUUGUACUUUCAGGUCACGUCUCGCGCCUCUGCCACCGUUGCGGGCGGACAUCUGGUUCCUGCAGUGAUUGGAAAUACGCUUGGCGGCUUGAUUGCCGGUGCCUCGAUUCGACGCACUGGCCAAUUUAAGGUUUUCUUGAUUGUGGCUGGGUUAAUUGCUUCGGUCACCUACCUGUUGCUCUUCCUCCGCUGGAAUGGUCAUACUGGCUUCUGGGAAUCAUUGUAUAUCAUCCCGGGGGGUAUGGGAACCGGCUUCGCGUCAGCUGCAGCCUUUGUCAGCAUGACCACCUUCCUAGUGCCCCAGGAGAUUGCCAUGGCGACGGGAGGCUAUUUCCUCAUAUUCAACUUUGCGAUGACUGCUGGCGUGACUAUCACGAACAGUGUGUUGGGAACUGUUUUCAAGCAUCAGCUAGAGCAGAAUUUGACAGGCCCGGGUGCAAAGAAGAUCAUCGAACGAGCUCUAUCCGAUACAGACUAUAUCAAUGGGCUCAGUGGACACAUUCACGAUAUCGUGGUCCGCGGGUACGUUUCUGGACUUCGGUACACCUACUUAUUUGCUCUCGCUCUCUCGCUGCUGGGGUCUUUUGUGGGCUGGACUGUACGGAAACAUCAGUUGUAA